GUCCCGGCCUCGCCUCCGCCCCGUGCAGACCCCGCCCCUGUAACUACGCUCCCGUCGUGCCCCGCAGCGCCAGGCGAAGGCGGGGCGGGCCGGUUGCUAAGACUGUGAAGCGCAGGGCUCGUGCCCGUCUCCUCAGGUGGCUGCAGGCUUCAGCCCCACCGGGUCGUCACUGCGGAAAUGUCAGAGAAGGAGAACAACUUCCCGCCUCUGCCGAGCUUCAUCCCGCUGAAGCCCUGUUUCUAUCAGAACUUCUCGGAUGAGAUCCCCAUUGAGCACCAGGUCCUAGUGAAGAGGAUUUACCGACUGUGGCUGUUCUAUUGUGCCACCCUGGGGGUCAACCUCGUCGCCUGCCUGGCCUGGUGGAUCGGCGGUGGCUCAGGAGCCAACUUCGGCCUGGCCCUGGUGUGGCUGUUGCUCUUCUCCCCCUGCGGCUACGUGUGCUGGUUCCGGCCUGCCUACAAGGCCUUCCGGGCCGACAGCUCCUUUAAUUUCAUGACAUUUUUCUUCAUCUUCGGAGCCCAGUUUGUCCUGACCAUCAUCCAGGCCAUCGGCUUCUCUGGAUGGGGCGCCUGUGGUUGGCUGGCAGCGAUUGGGUUCUUCAAGGAGAGCGUUGGGGCCGCCGUGGUCAUGCUGCUUCCGGCCAUCAUGUUCACCAUGUCAGCCGCCAUGAUGGCCAUUGUGAUCAUGAAGGUACACAGGAUCUACCGGGGAACUGGCGGAAGCUUCCAGAAAGCACAGACAGAGUGGAGCACAGGCACUUGGAAGAACCCACCAUCUCGGGAGGCCCAAUUCAACAACUUCUCAGGGAACAGCCUGCCCGAGUACCCCACUGUACCCAGCUACCCAGCCAGUGGCAGCCAGUGGCCUUAGAGGGAGCUGACCGGCCCUGCCACCUGCCUACCCCUGCCGGCCCACCCCCUCCUCCCCAUCCACUCCUACUCCUACCGAGCCCUGCUCGGUCCACUGAGGUUCUAAGCAUAUGUCCCCUGUCCCUCCCAGGGGGCGGGUAGGCCCCUCCCCCCAGCCAGGAUGGCAGCCCAUGUUAGUGGCCACCAGGAGCUCCCCCAGCUAUGACCCCAGACCUCUGCGACUCUUGGGGACCCAUGCCCAUGCUCAUGUCACGUCCAAAAGUGGAGCUCCUUGCAAGCAAUGCCAGAAGCAGGCCAGCCCCUGCCGUCCGGUAGAAGGAUGCUCCUCUUACUCCUAAAAAUGUUUAGUCACCGUGACGUCCACUGCAACAGCCACAUUCUCUCCCCUCGGGGUCUCAGAGGGCUGACCCCCGGUCUCCCCCGGAAGUCGGAAGCAGGCCGGCAGCCCUCCCUCUCAGAGCUGAUGAUGCUGAGAAGGGCUUCUCACGUCCACCCCAUCCCGCCCGUCCCAGUGCCCAGGAAGAGGGGGCCCUUCUCAGCACCAGGUUCCCGUCCCCUGCUGGCAGCACAGGAACUUGAUGUAUGGUCGAGUCCUCAAUAUUUUGGUCCUCUUAAGUCCCCACCACCUGCAGCCAGGGGCUCAUGGAUGAGCCCACGGGGACGGCCAGAGGCCAACUCACCGCCUCAGUGUCAUGAUCUCAGCUUCUCCCUGUCCGUC